CAAUACUGCCGGAAUCAGUUAGCGGAAUCGCGUGUUGUCGAUUCGUGAUGCGGAAAGAGUCCGUCGUGCGUUGAAAAUCCGAGGGUGCGACAUGGCCGGAUAACAGAUAGGAUCGGUGGGACUCUCGCGAGGAGAGCGUCGCGAGAAAAUCCCUCCUUCCUCAGUUUUCACUUCCUGCGUUCUCGCGAAUCCGAGACGAUCGCGUUGCGGACCAGCGAUGGAUCGCGGGAGCUGUCUCCGGUCGCAGAAAUAGAUUUCGUUACCGUUACCACGGCGUGACACGCAGGGAAGAAGAGAAAGUAAGCGCGUUAUGAGGCGGGAUACGCCACCGUCGAGAAUUUCAAGCGACUUGAACGCGCGCGGUGUGCGCGGAGUUGCGAAUGAGCUGCGAUUGCGAUAGCGAGAAGAAUUUAGAAAAUAACACUACGGAGUUUUGGCGGAAAAUUUACGAGAGAGUUUUCGAUCGCGAACCUCUCGAGAGAUUGCGAGAAUGUCGAAGAAUCAACAUCAGAAUGGCGUAAUACCAGGAGGUGGCAUUGUGACCGGCCCGGAUGAUUUUUCAGAUGGUGAAAGCACUCCACUGACUCAGGACUAUGCCGGAAGCCAACGCACGAUCGUCGAGACGAAAGGAUGGGACGUGUUUCGGAAUCCGCCAAUGAAGACUGACUCGUACUCGAGUUCCACGGCAAACCAGAAAUGCAUGGAGAGGAUGGUGCAGGUAAUCAAGGUCUUCGUUUACCUGUUUGUUUUCGUCAUAGUGUUGGGAAGCGGCGUGGUCGCCAAGGGUACGAUUCUCUUCAUGACGUCGCAGCUCCGGCAAGACAGAAAAAUACUCUACUGCAACAGACAAUUGGACCGCGAGAACCAAUAUAUAGUGACAUUGCCCGAAGAAGAGAGGAUCGCAUGGAUAUGGUGCAUAAUAAUCGCAUUCGCGGUGCCAGAGUUCGGCACACUAGUGCGCAGUAUUCGCAUGUGCAUCUUCAAGUCAUGGAAGAAACCACAAUCGGCGCACUUUCUCGUGGUUUCCAUCAUGGAAACGUUUCACGUGGUGGGCUUGGCCUUGAUGUUCCUGGCGGUGCUACCGGAACUCGACGUCGUCAAGGGGGCGAUGUUGACCAAUUGCGUAUGCUUCGUUCCUGGGUUGCUGGGCCUACUUUCCCGUAACAAAAGUAAAGACGAGUCCAAACGAUUCGUCCUCGUUCUCGUCGAUCUCGCUGCCCUAGCCGCCCAGGCGACCAGCUUUAUCCUUUGGCCCUUCCUGGACAGCUCGAGACGAUCCUUAUGGCUGAUUCCCGUCGCGCUACUUCUCGUCUCCUGCGGCUGGUGGGAAAAUUAUGUCUCCACGCAGAGUCGAAUUGGUUUAAUCAGAUCACUCGGCAGAGUGAAGAAAGAGAUGCGACUGACACGUUACUUCACCUAUAUGUUGGUGUCUGUCUGGAAGAUUGUGGCGUUCUUCGUCAGCUCGGUAUUGAUACUACAUCUCAAAGGUGACAAUGUCGGGCACCUUUUUACCAUGUUCAGUAGCGCCUUCGGCGAUCACAGGAUCACAGUCACGUCCAUCAAGUCGAUAACUGGCGGCAGUUUGCCAGAUCUCUCGGAGAUUCUGACGGGCGAUAUCACCGAAGUCAUCAACGCCGACUUCAACACGCCCAUCUAUGUUCUCCUGCUGCAGAUCGCCGGCGCUUACUUCGCCUACGUGUUUGGCAAAUUCGCGUGCAAGAUCCUGAUUCAAGGCUUUAGUUACGCAUUCCCGGUGAAUCUCACGAUACCGGUGUCGAUCUCGCUGCUGAUCGCUGCGUGCGGCCUUCGCAACAACGAUCCCUGCUUCUUCCACGGCACCAUACCAGAUUAUCUGUUUUACGAGUCGCCGCUGCCAAACUUCCUCAACGACUUUGUGUCGAAGCAGUAUGCCUGGGUGUGGCUGCUAUGGCUGUUGUCACAGACCUGGAUCACCCUACACAUCUGGACGCCUAAAUGUGAGCGUCUCGCGUCCACGGAGAAGCUCUUCGUCGUGCCAAUGUACGAUUCUCUGCUGAUCGACCAGUCGAUGGGCCUUAAUCGGAGAAGGGACGAUCAGCCGGAAGUCAAGGUUGAAGAUCUGGCAGAAAUAGAGAAGGAGAAGGGUGACGGCGAUUACGAGACCAUCUACGAGCAGACGGAUGGAUCAACUACACCUCCGUCCGCGGUGAAGAACAGCGAUCACGUAACCAGGAUUUAUGCUUGCGCUACCAUGUGGCACGAGAAUAAGGAGGAAAUGAUGGAGUUCCUGAAGAGUAUCCUGCGGCUGGACGAGGACCAGUGCGCGCGGCGCGUUGCCCAGAAAUACCUCAAGGUUGUCGAUCCCGACUACUACGAAUUCGAAACUCACAUAUUCUUCGACGACGCCUUCGAAUUGUCCGACCACGACGAGAACGAGUCGCAGGUGAACAGAUUCGUAAAGUUACUGGUCGGCACGGUGGACGAGGCCGCGUCGGAUGUGCACAAAACGAGGAUGCACGUAAGAGCGCCUAAAAAGUAUCCAACUCCGUAUGGUGGACGAUUGGUUUGGACACUUCCCGGAAAAACGAAGAUGAUCGCCCAUCUGAAGGACAAGAGCAAGAUCCGACACAGGAAGCGGUGGAGUCAGGUAAUGUACAUGUACUACCUUUUGGGCCAUCGUCUUAUGGAGCUCCCGAUCAGCGUCGAUCGCAAGGAGGUCAUCGCCGAGAAUACCUUUCUGUUGACACUCGAUGGCGAUAUUGAUUUUCAACCGGCGGCAGUGAAGCUUCUCGUGGAUCUGAUGAAGAAGAAUAAGAACCUGGGCGCCGCUUGCGGUCGUAUUCAUCCAGUUGGUUCCGGACCUAUGGUGUGGUAUCAGAUGUUCGAAUAUGCGAUCGGUCAUUGGUUGCAAAAAGCCACCGAGCACAUGAUCGGCUGCGUGCUCUGCAGUCCCGGAUGUUUCUCGCUAUUCCGUGGUAAGGCACUGAUGGAUGACAACGUAAUGAAAAAGUACACGACCAAGUCCGACGAAGCAAGACACUACGUGCAAUACGAUCAGGGAGAAGACCGCUGGCUGUGCACGUUACUAUUGCAACGAGGAUACAGGGUGGAAUAUUCCGCAGCGAGCGACGCUUAUACCCAUGCACCGGAAGGAUUUAACGAGUUUUACAAUCAACGACGGCGUUGGGUACCCUCCACCAUUGCGAAUAUCAUGGAUCUGCUGAUGGACGCGAAACGCACGAUCAAAAUUAAUGACAAUAUCUCGCUACCUUACAUUUCGUAUCAAAUCCUACUGAUGGGUGGUACGAUUCUGGGACCCGGUACGAUCUUUCUCAUGUUGGUGGGUGCCUUCGUAGCGGCCUUCAAAAUCGACAACUGGACCAGCUUCUACUAUAAUAUUAUUCCCAUUUUGCUAUUUAUGAUCGUCUGCUUCACAUGCAAGUCGAACGUACAGCUUUUAUGCGCCCAGAUCCUGUCAACAGGGUAUGCGAUGAUCAUGAUGGCGGUGAUCGUAGGUACUGCCCUACAGCUCGGCGAGGACGGUAUAGGCUCACCAUCGGCGAUCUUUUUGAUAUCAUUAUCAAGUUCAUUCUUCAUAGCAGCUUGCCUACAUCCGCAAGAAUUCUGGUGCAUCGUGCCUGGCAUCAUAUACUUGUUGUCCAUUCCGUCCAUGUACUUGCUCCUCAUAUUGUACUCCAUCAUCAAUCUUAACGUUGUGUCCUGGGGCACCAGGGAGGUUCAAACGAAAAAAACUAAGAAGGAACUCGAACAAGAAAAACGGGAGGCGGAGGAGGCGAAGCGCAAGGCCAAGCAGAAAUCUCUGCUAGGUUUCCUGCAGAACGGUGCGGGCACCAAUGACGACGAUCAGGGUUCCAUUGAGAUAUCGCUGGCCGGUUUGUUCAAGUGCUUGAUGUGCACCCAUGGCAAGCCUUCCGCCGAGAAGCAACAGCUCGUGGCGAUCGCCGAGUCGCUCGAGCAGCUUGGCAAGCGACUCGAGACCAUCGAGAGAGCGGUGGAUCCUCAUAGUCACGGACGAAGGAGAGCCUCUUCUGUGGGUUCGCGCACCGCCGAUCACCUGGGUGCCAUCGGCGAGGGUCCCGAGGACGAGGAUGGCAGCGAGACGGAGACGGUGACCAGUCAGAAUACCGAAGGCAAUCGCGACGGCAGUAACUUCCUCUCGCGACCAUAUUGGUUGAACGACGACGGCCUGAAGAAGGGCGAGGUGGACGUGUUAUCGUUGCAGGAGGAACAAUUCUGGAAGGAUCUGCUGGAGAAGUAUCUCUACCCGAUCGACGACGACAAGACGGAGAAGGCCCGCAUCGCCGCCGAUCUGAUCGAGCUACGCAACAAGAGCGUGUUCGCGUUUCUAAUGUUCAAUGCGUUGUUCGUUCUGAUCGUAUUCUUGCUACAGCUGAACAAGGAUCAGCUGCACGUUAUCUGGCCGCUCGGCGUCAAGACCAACAUCACCUACGUCGAGGAGACCUCGGAGGUGCACAUCACGAAGGAGUACUUGCAACUCGAGCCGAUUGGUCUCGUGUUCGUCUUCUUCUUCGCACUGAUAUUGGUCAUACAAUUCACCGCGAUGCUGUUCCACCGAUUCGGCACACUGGCCCACAUUCUAGCCAGCACCAGUUUAGACUGUUGCAAAAAGACGAAAGAUCUCUCCGAGGAAGCCCUGUUAUCGAAACAUGCGGUCGAUAUAGUGAGAGAUCUUCAGAGACUAGACGGGAUAGAAGGCGACUACGAAGAGGGGAGCGGUAGCGGGCCAGGUAGACGAAAAACAAUUAGAAACCUGGAAAAGAGUCGCAGGAAGACGCAGGCAAUCAACACGCUCGACGUGGCCUUCAGGCAACGUUUCUUCAGCAUGAACGAGGGCGCAGGCCUGUCGAGGAAUAUGUCGACGCGACGCGAGGCGUUUAAGGCGUUCGAGGGUAGACGCAACAGCAUAAUGGCGAUGCGCCGGAAGUCACAGAUGCAAACCCUGGGCGCGAACAACAUCUACGGUGUGGCUGGCAAUCCUCUUGGGAUCCAGGGCCGACCGUCCCGCAGUAGUCAGAUAUCCGUCAAGGACGUGUUCGAGGGACACCCAGCUGCGACGUCGGCAGCGGGGCACGUGAACGCCGGGUAUGAGGGCGACGACAGCCCCGGAAACAGCCUGCGGCUGCAGAAUCUCGGUGGCAAUCAGGUCACGUGGCGAGAGGCAAACUCCAACGUGUGACACGCGUCUCUCCCAGCUCUUGGUCGCGAUAGAUUAACCAACAAUUUAUUUAUCAAAGAGCUCAUUUUCGAAUCCUCCGAGUCGAAUCUCUAGAAAAUUGCACGAACAAGAUCUCAUCGCGCCUUUUGCAAUUUCUUCUCAAUUCCCCUCUUUUCUCCAACACGAAUCCCGAGACAAAUUAGGGCUGCUUGGAGAUUACGUGAAUCACUGACGCUUCUCGGCGAGCGCGGUGAAAAGUACAAAUCUUCUCUUAAAUGUGAAUUUAAGACUGUUCGGAAAUGAGUUCUUCAAAUUAACAAUUGAUUGAGAAAAUCUGUGCGGUUUUUAAUACACGUUACAACGUUUUAAUUUAUCAACGACGCUCAGUUAACUUAUAUAUUUGCCACGAAACAAAUACAAAAGAGAAAGAACCGCACGAAUUUAGCUAACGACGCACGAUUGCAUUUUCUUUCACGUUUUUUUUUGCAUAUAUUUCAUACACUUUUCUCCUACUUUUAACAUUCCGCUCGUCAUUAUUAUCGUAUUUUUUAUUGUUCGAGAUCCAUAAAGAAAUACAUCCCGUACGUAUUGUAACGAUUAAAAUAGAUAUGUUACCUAUUCUUCUUUUAACUGCACUUUCGAUAACAUAUACUUUUCUGCAUUUUUCUUUCUUUUUCCAAUCUUGAUAUAAUAUAUAGAUUUAAAUAUCCAGUCUUUCAAACAUGUAAGUUUAAAAGAUGUUUUUACGACGUCUUUUGGAUAUGUGUACACAUCUGUCUGGGUACAUCUUUUUAUACAUUUUAAAUGCAGAAAAUGUUAUGUAACGCAGUUGAAAGAAGCGGACCUAAUUUUCGUAUUGCCACCGGUAACAAAUCGACGGUGACCGCGAUGAUUACGCUUACUCGCUCCGUUCUUUUUGCAUAUGUGAUAAGGCCGAUAUUUUAAGUAGAAACUUGCGUCUAAGCGCGUGAAUGCGUAUGUAUGUAUGUAUGUAUGCAUGCGAAUUGCAUGUGCCUAUUUGAGGAUUGUAUGUGUAUAAUAUAAGGGUAAUGAUAGUAAAGAAACAGUAAUAAUAGUGUAACUUUGCUCCAGAUGUUGAAAGAUUUUGAAUAAACUUCAUUCAAAUAAAAUUCAAA